CAAGAGAAUUCAAAGUGUCCGUACAAAUGGAAGGUCACAGAGACACAGAGAGACACUGACUCAACAUUGUCACCUUUUCCUUUUUUAGCUUUCUUGAUUCUCUUUUCAGCCUCUGCAUAAUUUUUAGUCAAAACAUAAAAAAAUCUGAAAAAAACACUAAAAAACACCAAGAAAAUUUAAUGCUCUCAUUUUUCUGUUUCAAAAGCUCUUCUUUUUAGUUUCUUUUAUGUUUCACAAUUGAUUUCUUGCUAUUUUUUUUGGCUAUGGGGACUGUUCCUGAUGGAGACCAUCUUCAAACUUCUGAUGAAAAUACUGCUACAUGGUAUGAUAUGAGUGUGUUCUUCUUCAUCUUCUCUUAUUUGGGGAAGAAGCAAAGGAUUAUUGUCUAUUAUCAGAGAGAAAUCAACUGGCUGAAGCUCCUUCAAAGCCUAGAAGAUUUAUCAAGAUGCUUUCCUUCUCUAAAUCCUCCAAUGACUUGAGACAUUCGGUGACGGUUAAGGAGAUACCAGACGGAUCGUCUCCGACCGGAGUUUUAGAUGCUUGCUUUCAUGAACUUGAAUCUAUCAAAGAUUCACCAGAGAUCAACAAUAAAGAAUCAGAAGUUGAAGGGUCAAAUUUGAGAGAAAAUUCUAAUUGGAGCAGAUUCUUUAAAGUUUGGAAAAGAAAAUCAAUCAAACGUUUAACCUCUUUUCCUCCUCUUCCUGUGAUAAAUGUAGUGGCAACAAAAAGCAGAAGCACAACUGAUAAUCCAGAGCUCAGAGAUUUAUUUAAGUACAAGUCUACAUUGGAGAAUUUCUCACUAGCUGAGCUCGAAACCGCAUCCGACAACUUCAGCCCUGAGAAUAUUAUUGGAAAAGGCGGUUUCGCUGAGGUUUACAAAGGCUGCCUGCAAAAUGGAAAGCUAGUAGCAAUCAAGAGGCUUAGUAAAGGAACUGCUGAUGAAAAGACAGCAAUUUUUCUAUCUGAGCUUGGCAUUAUGGCCCAUGUUGACCAUACUAAUACUGCUAAAUUGCUCGGGUCCAGCGUCGAUGGGGGGAUGCAUCUUGUUUUCGAGCUGUCUAGAUUAGGGAGUUUAGGAUCUGUUCUUCAUGGCUCUAAAGGAGUUGAACUUGAUUGGAGCAAAAGAUAUAAAAUCGCUCUAGGGAUAGCAGACGGAUUGCUGUAUCUUCACGAAACUUGUUGUAAACGAAUCAUCCAUAGAGAUAUCAAGGCUGAUAAUAUUCUUCUUACUGAAGAUUUUGUGCCUCAGAUUUGUGAUUUUGGGCUGGCUAAGUGGCUACCAGGACAAUGGACUCACCGGAACGUAUCAAAAUUCGAAGGAACGUUCGGCUACUUUGCUCCUGAAUACUUCAUGCAUGGUGUAGUAGAUGAGAAGACUGAUAUCUAUGCACUUGGGGUUCUUCUUUUGGAGCUCAUAACCGGUCGUCCGGCUUUGGAUCAUUUACAACAGAGCCUUGUGAUAUGGGCAAAGCCAUUGCUUGAUAACAAUGACAUUAAAGAACUUGCUGAUCCGUCCCUGGGCGAAAAUUACGACGUAGAAGAAAUGGAACGCGUGGUUUUAACUGCUUCUCUGUGCAUCGAGCAAUCUCCUAUUCUACGUCCUCGAAUGAAUCAGGAAAGUAUCGGUCCUUUAUACUGCAUAGAGUUUUCGCUUAAGGUGCAUUGCACCGAAAUUUGUCAGUCUUAGGUUUUGUCAUUUCAUUACGAAACCCUUCAGAAAUUCUAAAACUUUUAUAUUUCUCAACCGGUGGCCACACACCAGUUCGGUUUUUAAGACACUGAUUGUGACAUUUUUUAUGUUGUUUUGCAGGUUGUGAUACUGCUACGAGGCGAUGAAUAUGUAAGAAAGCGAGCGAAAGAAAAUCAGAGAAAAACUUUGCAAAGAACAUACUCAGAAGAGCUUUUUGAUGCCCAAGAAUACAAUUCAACCAAGUAUUUGAAUGAUCUUAAACGACACAAAGAGGUUGCCUUGGGUUGUUGACCAUGAAACCAUAUAUUUUUGCCAUUUUUAGUUAGUUUCCCUUAGUUUUUAGCAGUUUGAAGGAUGUUUGAAACUCCUAUGAAACAUGAUUUCAUUUCAUAUAUGUUUUUCAUGGAAUUUGAAAGAAACUGUAUGGAUUUCAAUUUCCAUGCAAAACAUAUUAAAAUUGAGAUUAUUUUCAUAGGUAAAACAAACGUUCUUUGUCAGACUUGAAAUGUUGUAUGGAGCAUUUUACAUUUCAGUUUUUUAACCUAAAGUUUCAGCAAAAAAUCUUCUUAUCUACUCCCAGGCAUAAUCAUAGUCUGAUUUGAGACUUAUAUGUAUUAUCUAAAUCUGUCCCAUAAAAUAAAUUUAUGCGGAUUUCAAUUUUAAAAAAUAAAUGUCUAUUUGUUUUUUUGA